UUAACCUAUCAGACACUGACCUAUCACUAAUUAUAAAGUUAACCCAUUUAAAACCCCAGUUUUACCCCACUAAGAUCCAUUUACACAAAAUGGGUGUUCUCAGGAUCUCGUGCCUAUUGCUUAUGGUGUGUCUUAUAGGGAACGUGACGGGGUUACUGUGGCCUUCUUCGACUGAUACAGGGUUAGAUGGAGUUAGGAAAGCGUCACGAUGGAACAUGCCAUGGCUGGGUAUCGGCCUGUGGUGUAACGGCUGCCCUCCGAAGAGCUGCGAGGACGAUGACGCCAUCGUACACGGGUACUGCUGCGGCUGCGCUUAUUCUUUAGACAAACUACCAGUGCUGUGUCCAGAGUUCCUCCAGUGCCCGCUGAAUCUGCACGGGCUCUGUCACGACUACGAGUACAUGAUGAGGUGCUGCUGCUAGCAGUGGCGUAGCUA